GCCGGCCCUGCCUCUGCACACGCCCCUUCCGCGCCUCAACGACGCGUCGGGGCGCCGGGAGGGGCUCGGCCCCGACGGGCAUCAGCAAUUGGCGGAGGGGCGGGGCCCAGGGACGCGACUGCCUGCGGAUUGGCCGGACCCGGCGGGGGCGGGCCCGCGCAUGCACUUAAGGAGAGGCGCCCCAGUCGAGCCGGGGUAGUGCCAAGAUGUCGGCGGCAGUGCCGGAGCUGAAGCAGAUCAGCCGUGUGGAAGCUAUGCGCCUGGGGCCGGGCUGGAGCCACUCGUGCCACGCCAUGCUGUACGCCGCCAACCCCGGGCAGCUUUUCGGCCGCAUCCCUAUGCGCUUCUCGGUGCUGAUGCAGAUGCGCUUCGACGGGCUGCUGGGUUUCCCCGGGGGCUUCGUGGACCGGCGCUUUUGGUCUCUGGAGGACGGUCUGAACCGGGUGCUGGGCCUGGGCCUGGGCUGCCUGCGCCUCACGGAGGCCGACUACCUGAGCUCGCACCUGACCGAGGGCCCGCACCGCGUCGUGGCGCACCUGUACGCACGGCAGCUGACGCUGGAGCAGCUGCACGCCGUGGAAAUCAGCGCGGUGCAUUCGCGCGACCACGGCCUGGAGGUGGGGCCGCCGCCCGGGCCCCGCCCCCCGCCCCGGGGUUUGGCUCUGGCCCCGUGGAAGGCACCGAUGGGUGCUGGGGCUUGUACGGGUUCCACUUUACACCCAAAAGGACCGAGUCGGUGGCUUUCCCAACUUCCUGAGCAACGCCUUUACCAGCACUGCCAAGUACCAGCUGCUCUUCGCCCUCAAGGUGCUCAACAUGAUGCCCGAGGAGAAGCUGGCUGAGGCUUUGGCUGCUGCCACAGAGAAGCAGAAGAAAGCCCUGGAAAAGCUCCUCCCAUCUUCCUCCUGAGUCCACAGGCCGCUCCAGGACCUGGUAUGGAAGCACUGGCCGAGUGUGCAGAAUGACAACAGCAGAGCCACCACAGAUGGGAAGGUCACCACUGGCCGUCUCCUACGGCCCUAUGUCUGCAAAGACUCCUCAGUGAAGCUAAACCAGUUUGCACGGCACCUGCUUGGCCUGGUAAGGAGAGCUGUGCUCCGGCCCAGCCUGAGCGUCUGUUCCACCUUAAAGCCUCAGUGAAGCGGUCAGCACGUGUGGGCAAAGGCACUUCGUUCUGUAAAUAAAAUACCUGUACCUCGUUCCUCUCUCAUUUCCUGGGGCACCGGGGCCACGCGCGCGUCACCCUUCAGAUUGCUCUGGUGGAACCGAGGGGGCUCUGAGUGCACGUAGCUCUAGCCCCAGGGGAGGGACAGAACAGGAGAGGGCAACCAGUCCGCCCUGCUCUGAGCGUGGUGGUCUCUGUCCUGGCAGAGGGGGCUGGGUCCCAGUGAGUUGCCGAAGGGGGGAGGGUUGCCCCUUGCUUUGGUUUGUCAGCCAGUACUGCAUGUCGCAUGACCAGAACAGAGUCCCUCACCAGCAGAUCUUAAAUUUUAUUUUCCAGCAAUGACAUCCGCUACCCAGGCGCCCGGUCCUUUCAGUGUGGCGCCUGUGGUGUAUGGGGGCCCGCUGUCUCCCCAUGGCCCUGCCUGCUCUGGGCCUGGCCCCCCGCUUCUGGGCGAGAGGCCCUCGUCCUGCCUCUGCGUGGGCCUCACGGCCCUGUCCUGCCUCUGCCAGCUGCUCCGGGGGCCUGAUCCUCUGGCCCCCGCUCGGGCCCGGCCUGCUGCAGCCGCUUGCUCACUGCCCUCCUGUCUUCCAGGCACACAGCUUCAGGGUGGAUCAGUCACCCAACGUCAGAUUCUGAGAAGGGACAGGGAAGACUGAAGUGGGCACUCGCUGCUGCCCGGUACACCCUGCUCUCCGGCCUGGGUCCUGGGCUGGCGGACACUCACCGUCCCUCCCAGCUAAGGCUCCCGCCAGUUCUCCUUCCCGUUCAGCACUUGCAGCUUCUCCAAGCUCUGGGUCACUGAGCAUAGCACUCGCCCUGAGGAUGGGAGCAGUUAGUUGCUGCUUCGUGAGUGUGGGAGGGUGGGGGAGGUGCCUAGGAAUGCGUGACCUUGUGGACAGUGGGCUAUGGUAGGGCUGUCUUGGGGGUCUGAGCUGACUAGGAUUGCCCGUUUACCCACUUCUGGCCCCAGGAUGGGGAUGAGGCCACCGGCUGUCGGACACUUUGGGAGACUCACCCAUUUCCUGGACUCGAUCCUCCAGUGCUCCGGAAAGCUCGGCGAGGCUCAGAGCCUGCAGGGAAGCCUGCCAGCCUUUGGAAUCUGUGGGGGCAGAGAGCCAGGUGGGCCUAGGGCUUGUGUGGUCACCACAGGCCCCGCCGCUUUGUCCUGGGCUGCUGACACCAGGGGACCCACCCACUGUCAGUACCUGCUUGACACUGUUCUAUCACAAUGUGUUCGCCUGCUUAUUUUUCCAAAGCACUGACUGGAGGGUGAAUCAGGGUUGCAGCCCCAGGAAUGAAAGUGUGAGGGUCCCUGGCUGACAGUCAGGCUUGACCCUGGGUAGCUCCGACUGCAGGCUGAAGAAGUCACAACAUUGUGGAGGACGUUAAGUCCCACCCCAGGGAGGCACGAUGCUUGGGGCCCCAUUUGCUGCCUGGGUCUGCCCUGCGGAAAGGAACAGCCACAAUGAAACGGAUGAUGGCGGCGAGUACUCCAAGAGGCCUUUAAGAACAACCACCUGGUUGAAGAAUCUGGAGGUAUCAGCGACUCAGGGUCUGGCCUGGGAGCAGCUCAGAUGCCCACUCACCGCAGCUGGUCCAAGACGAGCGCAGCGUCCCGGGCCAGGGCCCAGGUCUCCUGCAGCUGGGCGUGCACGUCCUUCCGGGCACCGUCCUGCUCCAGGAGGCAGCUCUCCACCACCGCCCGCAGCUCCUGCUCCUGCGACACCUGGCCUCGCAUGGCCUCCACCUCCUCACAGCGCUGCAGAACGGAGAGGCGGGGAGGGGGGUGGCAAAUGACAGGGCCGCUCAGGCUGGGUCCCCCUCAACCUCUCUGUGCCAUACCCACUCGCUCUCAACUCCCACUCCCCUGGCUGGAGGAAGGGAGCGCCUGUCUCCACCUUGGAGCACCCCUUGCUUUGGAUCCCUACUCUUAAGCCCAGUGACAUCCAUGCCAGCUGCUUGUGCUCUGACCUCACCCUUUCUCUCCUAUGUCCAGUCGACCUCCUGUCCAACGUCCCCUGCCUUUCUGAGCCGUCUUCCUGGAGGCCUGCCUGUGCAUCUCCAGAUUUACACACAAGCAGUAAUGCUUUCUGUCCCACCGCCCGCCCUGGCUGCUUCUCCCUGCUCCCCCUGGGUAUUUGUCCCUACCACUCGGUCUCCACAAAUGUGUCGUCCCUCACUGCAGGUGGGUGUCCCGGUCCCUGCCCCGCUCACCACAUACUUUGUGCAGCUGGAUGGCCAGCUCCUGCAUCUCAGCUUCUAGCCGGUCGGCAUACGCCAGCUCCAGAGCAUCGCUGGGUGGCCGGGCACUGCUGUGCCAGCGGGCAAUGGCAGAGGUCAUCUUCCUCUUAGGCCCAAACAAGCUGCAAGGGUGAAUGAGAGAAUGAGGAUCUGCUGUGUGUUGAGUUGCCACGGAGGCCAGCCUUCCACCAAGACAGCCCCCUAGGAAAGAUUCCAAUUUUGGAAGGGCACAGUGGUCCCGGAUCCUGGGACAGAUGACAGAAACAAAGGGUCUUAACAAGUGACCACAGCAGGGGCUGGCCUGCCCUGCCUGUUUCCUUCCCCAGCCUGGCUGCUGCUCUCCCUGAACAGGGAGCUCAGGCCGGCCGGGGCUAGGCUGUGACUGGCCUCCUACCAAUCGGGAAGCUCUCCAAAGUGAAUGGUAGAAAACAUGUGGGUGCCCUUAUCACAGCACUGGCAGCCAGGCCAGCCGGGGCACCGGACCCAGGCCUUCGGCACCUCAGCUAGCUGCAGCCGGAAGACCAGAGAGAGGACAGCUGGCUGCAGAGAGCAAGGGGACGCCCAGACAGGACAGGUGGUUCCAUCGGAGCGUUGGGCAGUUGGGAGCUAAGCGACCCCCUCAUGUUUGGCUGAAGCGAGGGGGGCGUGGCCACAGAGGCCCCUCUGCACUCACGUGAUGCCGAUUUCCUUCAGGUCGCUCUCGGUGAGGGUCAGGAAAAUGCGGAGGUCCACGUCCUGCUCCUCAAACACCUGCAGGUACUUGAGACACCCAAUCUGCUCCAGCAGUGUGGCUAGGUCCUGGAGAGCAAAGGAGCCGGGGUGGGUCAGAGGAUGGGCGGGCCACCAAGACACGGGGGCCAGAGAAGACACUGCUUUGGUGCAGAUCCUGUCACUGCAUCCACCUAAGCCGGGUCAGCCCUGUGGACCCCCCCAAGUUCUGCGGUGGGUCACCUCUGACUGCAGCCCCCUCCUCUCUGCAGCCUCAGGCAGAGCAGGUGGUCCAGAGAUACUUCCCACCUGCCUGUGUCCCCGCAGCCAGUGUCCUUUCAUUACAGCCUGGACACCGUUCGUGUUCACAUAGGGCAGGUCUGCAGGCAACAAACUCUUAGUCUUUUUUUUUUACCUGCGGCCUUCUUAAUUUCUCCUUCACUCCUGAAGGACAGUUUCUGCUUGGCUAUAGCAUUCUUGGUUGGUUUGUUUCUUCCAUUAAUCUGACUCUGUCAUCAAAUGCCCUCUAGACCCCAUGGUUUCUAAUGGGAAAUUAGCAGUUAAUCUCAUGGGGGAUCCUUGUAUAAAGACUCCCUUCUCUCACUCCCUUCAAGAUUCUUUUGGUUUUGGACUAAUUAUGAUAGAUCUAGGCGUAGAUCUGAGUCUAACCUACUUAAGAGUUCACACAGCUUCUUGGAUGUGCAGAUUCAUGUUUCUGAUCAAAUCUGGGAAGGCUUGGCUGUUUUGAAACAUUUUUUUAAUGUCCCGACCCUCAUUCUGGAACCCCAUAUGUGUACGCUGGCUGCUUGAUGGUGUCUCCUAGGUUUCUGUCCAUCCUUUCCUCUCUUUUCUGACACGAUGAUCUCAAUGGAUCUAGAUCGUGCUUGUGGGUCCUUCUGUGCACUCCAAUCUGCUCUUGAGCCCUCUCUUGGAGCUUUCAUUUCAGUGAUUCUACUUUCCAUCUACAGAUUUUCUGUUUUUAUUUCUAUCCUUUUGUUGAUAUUCUCUAUCCAGAUACGGUUCCCUUUAGCUCACUGAACAUAUUUUAAGAAGCUGAUCUAAAGUAUUUGUCUUGGGGUGCCUGGUGGCUCAGUCGGUUAGGCAUCCAAUUCCUGGUUUCAGCUCAGGUCAUCACUGCACGGUUUGAGAGGUCUGUGUUUUCGAGCCCUGGGUCAGGCUCUGCCCUGACAGUGCGGAGCAGGCUUAGAUUUCUCUCUCUCUGCCCCUCCCUGGCUCUCACACGCAUGCUCACUCUCAAAAUAGAGAAUGAAACCUUGAAAGAGCCCAGCUUCAUUUUGCCCCCUGUGGUGGCUGUCACAGCUACCUUGGUACUGGGGGUGAGGAUGGGAACAGGGCAGGUUAAAGCGCUACAAAGCUUUCCGUUCUUCCGGACAGUCGGCCACUUCUCGCAAAUAAAAAUGUUCAAGUUGCUCAAA